CUUCGCUACAAGAUGGCCGAAUGCAUAAACAAUAAAGUGCCCUUAUAAUGCCUUAUUAAAAGUUAUUAUAUUAUAUUAUUAUUAUACUUAUAGUUAGUAAAACUUUCAGCGAUAUGCACCAACUGUUAAAUAUUUAGGAAAAUCUUAUGAUUUAGUCAAUAAAGCCCUUAUAUAGAUAGCCAGUAUCAAUCAUGAUGAUGAUAAUGACGUGAAAUAGGUGAUAUCACUUUGAACUUUGAGUUUGAGUCUGACGACUUUGUAAACUUUGUUAACUAAUAAUAAUAACUUUGAUUGUUGUGUUUUAACUUAAGUCUAAGUUAAGUUUAAAUUUAAGAUAGGACGUUAAGCUAUGUCAAAAAUUAUAGACUUACCUUCUGCAACUAACUCAGUACUUGUUAACGUGAUAUAUAACCUGGUCUAUCCAUUGCUUGGUUCCCAUGACUGUGUGAAAUGUGUGACCCAGGCUGAUACAGAUGUUUAUACAACCGAUGUUGUGACCUUCAUCUCUGCCUUAGACUUUGAGUCUGCAAGUUUGGAAUUACUUAUUGAUGCUUUAAAGUCACAUAAACAACAGCAUAAAAGGGGAGCUAAAUCAUUGUUAUACAUGAUUACCUCCCUUACAAAGACAGUCUAUCUUCUGGAGCAGUGGGGUAUUCCCACUAGAGAGUGUGUUGAAAUAAUUCAGAAGCACAUGCUGGAACUCACAAAAUCAGUUCAAGUGUUGGCUAGAGAUUUAUCACUGGACAAAACUUCACAGUGGACGAUGCUGAACAGUUGUAGUAGUUCUCAUGAGAGGAAGACUCCACUAACUAAGGAAAAAACUAAAGAUCAAUGUGGUAGCUUAUUACAUAAACAAGAGUCCAUUGGAAAGCAAAGUCUUGUAAUUCAUAAAGAAGAAGAAAAAUUAUUUGAGAACCAGAUUUUUUCAGUAUGUCAAGCCAAAUAUAAAUGUGAACAAGACUCAGAAAAUAUAAGAUUAGAAAACAAUAAUGAGAGAGACUUGUGGAAGAAAUCUGUGCAAAAUGAAGAUUUGGAUUCACAGGAAGUGGACUGGUUCUUUGAAGAUGGUCAACAGGAAAUGAAAUGUCUUCAACUUAGUGACAAGAAUUUCCCAAACAUCAAUGUUGAAUCAAAUAAAAGUCUUUCAUCAAAUAUACAGAGUUUACAUGAUUCUACAGAAUCAUCUGUAGAGACUUGCAUAAGUAAUGAUAGUGUUGAUAAACUUGAUUUAGUAGAUGAUCUCAUCCCAGUGUUACCUGACGGUAGGGAUGCUGCUGUUUCCAGCUGUCAUAUGGCACAACCUUUAUGUCAACAAAGUAAUAUCAAACCAGUUUCAUCCGAUCAGUCAUCAAAUUGUGAUAAACCUUUAUUUAAUGCAUCAUCACCAUCUUUAUCAUCAUUGUCAUGCACAGCAAACAUAUUGAAUGACACUUCAUUAAAAACUUUCUUGGAUGCUAAAGUUGUUAAAGAUCACAAGCAGCUGGGAUACCAUCGCUCUUUGACCUCUCUCAAUCAGAUGUUGAGCAAUCUGGGAAAAUCUAGGUUAAAGCUUAAUAUUGCCAGUAGACAUUUGCAAGAGAAUUCAGAUCUGAAGCAUGAUAUGCAACUCAGUGAGUCUGCCUCACCUGAUUCAGCACCUACAAAUACCUAUCUUACAGGAGAAGUGCAGGUCGUGCCUGAAACUGACCCAAACAUGGAAGAAAAUAUCACUCCACCCUUAUGUCUUCAACAAACUGAAAACUUUGUUUUUUCCGAAUAUCUUCUGUAUCUAGAUUCCUGUCAUGCGGAUAUUAUGGAUAUUGUCAAGCAAAUUUAUUUAAAUCAAACAAUAAAUGAAAACUGCUUUAACCCUAACUUAGUGGACUGCUUGCAUGUUCCAGUCAGGUUGAUGAGAUCAAAGAAAACUUUUUUGACUGCAACAACUGCAUCGCUAUAUCAAGGUUUAUUAGUAGCUUGUAAAUCUGUUGACCCAGCUCUCUUCAACAAAAGAGAACAGAAAUACACUCUGUUAAUUAAUGCUGAUCUAACACCAAGUUACCAUCACUUAGGGUUCAAGCCAACACUUCAGAGAAAGACCAUGGUGACCACUCCUACUGAGGGUACUGCUGUAUAUAAGGAAAUAUCAUGGGAAAACAAAGUGCUGGACAUGGUCAGACAGUUGAAGGUGACACUAAUCCUAGUGAGAGGUCAAGCCAGUGAAACUUUACUCACCAUGUGUUCUGAAGUAGGUGUUGCCAUUUUGACCCAUGUGCCAUACAGGACAUUGUCAAUAUUGGCCACUUACCACAAUGUUGCCAUGUUAACUUACAUAGACCAAUGUUGCCAGUCCAAUGUUUGUUCACUCAAUGUGGCGCCUAUGAUUGAUGCCAUGAUGGACCAGCACGAAACCAACAGUACACAGAAACAAGAAAUAUAUUUUCAUAUUUCUAAUGUUCCUAUGAUACAGACUGUGGCACUUUCCUCUUCGUGCACUAUGUCGGCUCAGCUUGUAGAGGAAAGGUUUUGGAAGUGCCUCCAUAGUGUUGCCAAUGCUGUGUCUGAUGGUAGGCUUUUGCCUGGUGCAGGGGAGACAGAGGAGUGGUGUGCAGAAACACUGAGAACAGUCUCAGACACUUUGUUAACCAAAUCAAGUCUGGAAUCUGUGGUUGUGAAUUCUUUGGCUGAUGUUUUUAUGGAUUUUUCCAACCAAGUGAAAAAAAAUUCUUUAAUGACUUCUGGUUCAUCUGGAAUAUCUGUUUGCAGUCAUCCGUCACAAAAUACAAACUCUUAUGCUUCUUUCCUUAGCUACUCAAAAGACACUGAUACAGAUAGAGCUAAUGGAAAGAUACAAAAUUGUAUACAUUCAUCCCAGAAAGAAUCAGAUAUCACAAACUAUACUACAUUAGUUAAGCCUCUGCCACAUUCAAAGUAUGAGUUAGAAACUCACUCUUCCAGUGGCUGUACAGCAAGACAAAGACAAUAUGAUAAUUAUCAGGCUAAACUUGCGUCAUGGGAGACAGCUGUAGAGGUUGUUUGUAUGUUGGUUUGUGUUGGAUCUUCAGUAUUGACUGGUGUUAGCCAUGACUUUGCAGAUUUCUGAUUCAUCUUUUGCUAUUAUAUCUUGAUGACGUCAAUGCAUUUAAUAGAAAACAAAAAGCUUGA